AUGUCGGACAUUAUCAACGGGAAUGGACACGGUAAUGCCGAGAGUUCAGGUGAAAGUUCAAAGGCGGCUGGUAGUAUAGGGAUCGAUCCAGUAACGUAUAAUCAUUCGAUGAACUUGACCAACUGGAUAUUCAACGUUGGAUAUUUGCAUCAAGACUGGGCAGAUGUACAUUUAACUUUCUUUCAAAGUGGUCUGAAAGCUCAUCGAAUCGUCCUUGCUAGAAGUCCCUACUUGGCACAUUUGAUGAGAAACGUAGCUCCAGGAUCGACUAUACAUCUUAAUUUCGCAGACGAGAAUAUCAAUCAGGAAUCGGUCCAUAUCGCAUUACAACAUCUUUAUAAUCCUUCACACAACCUCAUCAACCCUACCAACGCCCGAUCCAUCUUAGCCACCUCACAUCUUUUCGGCGGUGUGCCCGAACUCGUUCAUCACUCUUACGAACUCAUCAAAUCUUCUAUCAGUCCACAAAAUAUCAUCGAUCUCAUCCAGUGGGUAUCACAAUCAGGUGAUAUACGCUCUUCAUCUUCGGCAAAUGGGUAUGCAAAGUCCGGUCCUAAUGGCACAGGCUCGGGUCCGAGUUCGAAUGGUAAUUCAACAAUGUUUGGGAGUAUCGGUUCUUCAUCAGGAUCAGGGAAUAUCAGCUCUGAUGAUAAUUGGUUAGAAGGUGAGAGUAGGUGUGGUGAAUGGACAAACAGGUUGAAGGAUGAUAUUGUAAAUUACCUCCUCCAUCAACUCCCUUCCUCCUACCCUCCUAGUUCGAUGACCACCCAACCUGAAAUAACAUCCAUCUUCUCUCAACUACCGUACGAACUCUUCAAACUAAUUUUGGAAAAUAAACAAUUCCCAUUCGGAUCGAUGCAGGAGAGAUUUUCAUAUACCAAAAAAAUCAUCUCAUCAAGAAAGAAAUACUUGCCCAGUGGACCGGGUGGCAUGGAAGAAAGUGUAGUAUUGGCUUUCAAAGGUUCGGAUCAAGGGAUGGAAAUUCAUAUUAGCAGGAAACCAAAGAAGUCGAGACAUCUUUGGAAAGUUGAAGGUUAA